GUACGGAAGGUCAUGCUUGCCAAACCUUGGUUGUUUGUGGGCCUGGCCCGGCCAGCGCUUUUGCCUUGCAGGCCUUCAACUUAAAAUCGCUGCCAUUGCGCUUGGAGCCCCAAGAGGACUCUCCACUGCGGGCCUUGCCGCCUCCACGGCCGCCAAAAUUCUUUGAG